UCCCGCCCCACGUAGCCAUUUUGCGUUUCCUGGACAAAAAAGGGGGCAAGAUAGAAAGACAAUCAGACACAGAAUAGAUUUAGUGUUCAAAUCACAUCUAGAAUCAAAAGUGCGGAUGUAACUGUGCAAUAUGAUAGGCGCUGGAAGGGGCGAGCAGGUACACCAGCCGCGGCCCUUAUUCCAAGUGGAAACAGUUGGCUAGCUGGCUAACGAGCCGUUAGCGAGAGAGUGAGAUAAAGACUUCAUAUACACAUAUAGUUUUAGGACAUACAUGCGUAUACAAUUAUACUCUUCUGCACGCUAGAAGGUGGGCGUUGGUAGAAAAAAAUGGACCGUGUGUUGAUUUGAAACGUCGCAGCGGGCAAAAAACAGCAAACGCCACAGUUUUUUGCGGAGGAAGCCGGAUAACUGUUUAUUCACAGGGAAUAAAGAGGAGGAUCGCAGCACGCCACGGAGCCAGUCAUGCCUGCCAGUGUGCGUACUGGGACCCUGAAGGACUCAGAGGUGUCUGAGCUGUUCUACAGAGAUGAUCCUGAGAAGCUCUUCACUGAUCUCCGGGAAAUCGGUCAUGGCAGCUUUGGAGCUGUGUACUUUGCUCAUGAUGUGCGUUCCAAUGAAGUUGUGGCCAUCAAGAAGAUGUCGUUCAGUGGCAAACAGUCCAAUGAGAAAUGGCAAGACAUCAUAAAAGAGGUGAAGUUCUUGCAGAAGCUCAGACACCCCAACACCAUCGAAUACAAAGGGUGCUACCUCAGAGAGCACACAGCAUGGCUGGUGAUGGAAUACUGUCUAGGAUCAGCCUCUGAUCUUUUAGAGGUGCAUAAAAAGCCUCUUCAAGAGGUGGAAAUAGCUGCUAUUACCCACGGUGCACUUCAGGGCCUCGCCUACCUUCACUCUCAUAACAUGAUACACAGAGAUGUGAAGGCAGGUAAUAUUCUGCUAACUGAGCCUGGUCAGGUGAAGCUUGGAGAUUUUGGCUCUGCCUCAAUAGUUUCUCCCGCCAACUCUUUUGUGGGUACACCUUACUGGAUGGCUCCAGAAGUGAUCCUAGCCAUGGACGAGGGGCAGUACGACGGGAAAGUGGACGUCUGGUCUCUCGGCAUCACCUGCAUCGAACUAGCUGAAAGGAAGCCGCCCUUGUUCAAUAUGAAUGCUAUGAGUGCCUUAUACCACAUUGCGCAAAACGAAAGCCCUGUCCUGGCGUCAAACCACUGGUCGGACUACUUCCGUAACUUUGUGGACUCUUGUCUUCAAAAGAUCCCUCAGGACAGGCCUACCUCAGAUGUGCUGCUCAAUCACCAUUUCCUGUGUCGAGAGCGCCCUCAUUCUGUAGUGAUGGAUCUGAUCACGCGCACCAAAGACGCUGUGCGAGAGCUGGACAACCUGCAGUACAGGAAGAUGAAGAAGAUCCUGUUUCAGGAAACCCUCAAUGGCCCCACACAGGAAGGAGGAGAGGAAGAAGAGGAAGCGGAUCAGUACCUCCUGCAGACAGGCACGGUGAACAGUAUGGAGAGCUCUCAGUCUGUGCCCUCCAUGUCCAUCAGCGCCAGCUCCCAGAGUUCCUCAGUCAACAGCCUGGCCGAUGGCUCGGACGACAGUGCUGAGAUGGCCAUGAUGCAGGAGGGAGAACAGACUGUCACGUCUAACAGCUCUAUUAUACACCGCCCCACUACGCGCGAUAAUAUUUAUGACGAUCCUUAUCAGCCGGAGAUGGAGUCGCAGCAGCCGCCGUCGUCGGCCGCUCGGAGGAGGGUGCACAGAAACCGAGACCAUUUUGCCACCAUCCGCACAGCCUCACUGGUGACCCGUCAGAUUCAGGAGCAUGAGCAGGGCUCAGCUCUGAGGGAGCAGAUGUCGGGGUACAAGCGCAUGAGGAGGCAGCACCAGAAACAGCUGCUGGCUCUGGAGAACAAGCUCAAGUCUGAGAUGGAUGAACAUCAGCUCAGGCUGGACAAAGAGCUGGAGACCCAGAGAAACAACUUUGGAAGUGAAGCAGACAAGCUGAGUAAGAAACAUCAGGCCAUCCUGGAAAAAGAGAUUAAAGCUGCACAGACGGAAGAGAAGAAAUUUCAGCAGCACAUUUUGAACCAGCAGAAGAAGGAACUCAACGGCCUGCUGGAUUCACAGAAACGGCAGUACAGGCAACGCAAGGAGCAGCUGAAGGAGGAGCUGAAUGAGAACCAGUCCACACCGAAGCGAGAGAAGCAGGAAUGGCUGGUGAGGCAGAAGGAGUGUAUGCAGCAGAUCCAGGCUGAAGAAGAGGCUUCUUUAUUACGGCGACAAAGGCAGUAUUACGAGCUGCAGUGCAGACAGUAUAAAAGGAAAAUGCUGCUCGCGAGACACAAUCUGGAGCAGGACCUGCUUAGAGAGGACCUGAAUAAGCGUCAAACCCAGAAGGAUCUGGAGUGUGCUAUGUUGUUGAGACAUCAUGAGUCCACUCAGGAGCUGGAGUUCAGGCAGCUAGCACUGGUUCAGCGUACUCGGGCCGACCUGAUCCGAACGCAGCACCAGAGCGAACUGGCCAAUCAGAUGGAGUAUAAUAAGCGGCGUGAGCAGGAACUCCGUCAGAAACACGCUGUGGAGGUCCGCCAGCAACCUAAAAGCUUAAAGACGAAAGAGCUCCAGAUCAAACGUCAGUUCCAAGACACCUGUAAGAUUCAGACACGGCAAUACAAAGCCCUGCGGAACCACCUGCUGGAGACCACGCCCAAAUCAGAGCAUAAAACCGUACUGAAGAGACUCAAAGAGGAGCAAACACGUAAACUGGCCAUCUUGGCCGAACAGUACGACCAUUCCAUCAGAGACAUGCUGUCCACACAGGCUGUGAGUAAGUUGCGAUUGGAUGAGACGCAAGAGGACGAGUACAGAGCACUGCGCAUGCAGCUGCAGCAGGAAUUGGAGCUGCUAAAUGCCUAUCAGAGCAAAAUAAAGAUGCACACAGACACGCAACACGAGAGAGAGGCCAAAGACCUGGAGCAGAGGGUGUCUAUACGGAGAGCUCUUCUUGAGCAGAGGAUCGAGGAGGAGAUGUUGUCUUUGCAGAACGAGCGAUCAGAGCGAAUCCGGGCUCUGCUCGAGCACCAAGCUCGAGAAAUCGAGUCCUUUGACUCGGAGAGCAUGCGUCUGGGCUUCAGUAACAUGGCUUUGAGUGGAAUCCCUGCUGAGGCUUACAAUCAGGGCUACCCCAACCCUCCUUCCUCCGGCUCUGGGGGCUGGCCGUCCCGUCCUGUGCCUCGUUCAGGCAGUCAGUGGAGCCAUGGCGUCCAAAACUCAGCGGCGCCGCCCUCCUGGCGAAGUCAGAACAGUACAGCCGGGUUCAGCCGAGCGGAGCAAAUCUCCAGCCGGGAGAGAGAUCGAGAGAGGGAUUUAGAGGGAAUGGGUGCCCGUGGCUUUCCGAGCUCUCGCUCCUCGGCCUCGUCUUCGUCGUCGUCGUCAUCGCAUCAUCACCUCCGCUACAUACCGCAGCAUUACCACCACCAGAGUACACCACACCUGUACCGCGACAACCGAGAGAGGGAGUGGGGAGGUGGUGGUUCAGGAGGAGGUGGUCACCACUCCUCUUCAUCCUCCUCUCAUGGCCACUCGCAUCACAUUUCUUCCCAUGGCUCUUCCCAAUCCCUUGCUCUCCUCCCUCCACCUCCUCCUCCUCCACCCAUCUCACUUUCCACAUCUUCUCCCCAGUCCUCCUCCUCCUCUUCCUCCUCUCAGAGUGGCUAUGGUGGAAGGGGCGAGAGCCUGGCUGUGAGGGGCCCCAGCCUAAUGGCUCUGAGAAACAGUCCAGGACCCCUUCGGAGAACCGCCUCGGGCGGAGGUGCCGGUGGGUCGGGCGGGGACGGAGGUUUGAGUCGGAGUACAUCAGUGACGUCGCACAUCUCCAACGGAUCCCACCUCUCCUACUCUUAGAAAGUCAGACUCUAUAGGAAGUCUCCUAGAAUGUUUAGCGGGCUUUGUUUUAGCAGGGGAGAAAAGCCCUUGACGUAGCUCGUUUAGGAGGUAAACGGAGACGUAUUUAGAUGACAGACCGAAGAUAGAUCUCAGGAUUUCCGAGGGAUAGUGAUUCGGGAGGGCUCAGGGUUUAGAUCGGGAACAGAAACGACGAGAUGUACUGUUACAGGAGCAGAAAGCUCUACUGUUGAGUGUGUGCGUGGGAGGGAAAGGAUGAAAAUAACACAAGUGGUGCCAAUGCUGUAGAUCGGGCUCAUCCUUAACUGGUCCAUUUUAGUUUUAUUUUAUUUUAUUUUAAACGGUCAGACAGACCCAUUGAAUUCUGCUCUUUCAUGUCCAGGAAUUUUCUUGCACGUCUAAAGGUUUAAGAUUUGAACUUUUUACAGAAAUUAUUUUAUGCUUAAUCAAUCCUGGUUCAUGUUAAGCUGAAUUCAUUUUGUGCAAUUUUUUAAAAGAAUAAUUUGCCAAAAAUGAAAGAUCUGUUAUUAUUUACUCACUCUCUCAUGUUGUUGCAAACCUUACAUAUUGUUAUUUUUUUCAUUGAACACAAAAGUAGAGAGUUUUUGGAGGAUCUUUUAAGCAGCACUUUUCUAUGCAACAAGAGUUCUGAAGACUUUUGAAUGUUUGAGCAGAUCAUAAUUUGGGUCUGAAAAUUAAUAGUACAUUCAUUCAUCCAAAAACAUCUUGGAUUUUCAUGCGUCAGAACCAAAUGUAGAUCACUUUGUAUUUUUUUUUAGCUAUGAACCAGCAUUAUUUGGAAAAGAGCUGCUUUAAAGGGAAAGUUUACCCCAAAAAAAUGAAAAAUCUGUCGUCAUUUACUCGCCUGCAUGUCGCCCCAAACCCGUACGACUUACUUUUUUCUGUGGAACAUUCUUUAAACAUUCUUGUUUUGCUGCAGAAAGUAAGUCAGGUUUGACAUGACAGAAUUUUCAUCUUUUAGCUCUUUCUAAUAUCUCUGUGUUUUGCAGAUAAAUAACAAAAUACAGGUUUAAAACGACAUGAGGGUGAGUGAAUAAUGGCAGAAUUAUUCAUUGACUCUGAGCGUCUCUUGAGUUUGAGCCAGAGGAUGAGUCCUUCACAAUUUUACUGCUAGCGAGCGAGUCGGAUGCAAUAGAAGGUGCUGUAGCAUGUGCAAAAACUUGUGGGAGGGAGAAGAGGUGCAAACUGAGGAACUAAAAGGGUGAUUGAACUGAUUUUUUUGUGUGUGUAAUUAUGUAGAUAGUACUAAAACAAUACUAAAAGAACAUCAAUCACUGAUGGGUUUUAAACUGUACAUUUGUAUUUGAGUCAAGGACGGGAGGCAGUUUUUUAUUUUUAUUUUGAAUGAUUUUCGCAUUCUGUGUUCUUUUAUUAUUUUAAACAAUGCCACAUGUUAUACUGCCAUCUAGAGGCUCAACUGACCUAAAGCAACUCCGCCCACUGUCCUUAUAAGGGCAAGCUGCCAUUUAAGAUGUGUUUGGUUUAGGUUUAAACUGGGCUGUCAUUCAGUGUCUGUUUUUAGCAUAGGUGUGCUAAGAUUACUUUUUAAAAAGAGAUUGAACCUGGCUAGGUGAGUAAGCCAUCUCCUGUAAAUAUGAUGUACAUGUCCAUAAGAGAGUUUGGUUACAGGUUUCUGUGCAUGAGAGUGAUGUACUGAGACCAUUUGUAUACAAACAUACACAACAGACGUUUAUAUGACUUUAAGUAUAUGUGUAUAAUACAUCUCCUGUGGAAGGGUUGACGGGGAAAGUCAUCAGGUUGUUUUCUGUUCAACUCUUUUGAUCUAUAAUGUACUUAUACAACGUGUGUAUAUACAAGCACUAACUCUUAUUUAGGGUAAUAAUAAUUUUGCUAUGUGAAUUGGAAAAUGGGUCAUAAAAAAUAGAUACUGUCAUUAUUAUUACACCUACUACUACCACUGCAAUAUUUGUGUUGUACACUAAUUUUUCUUGUUACAAUUUCUUUUUAUCUCUUUUUUUAAAGACAGGUUUUUUUUUUAUCAAUGCUUACCACUAGGUGGGAAAUGUUGGCAGUGUGACAGUGAGAAUUUCGAGUCUCGUUUUAGUUUAAAAAAUCAAAAAAGGACUACCUAUCCCAGCAUUCCUUGUUACAUCUCAGGCUAGGAGUCUUUUGUGCAGUGCUUCGUCAGGAGAGUAGUAUUUUAGAGCCAGUAUUAAACUUGUACAGAACAUUUUAAGAGAUUUUAGCUGUAUAGAACAUUUCUAGAUGACUGUAAAGUGUGUCAAACACCACCCCCCACCCCCACCCCACCCUUUCUCCCUCCAUCUUAUUUUCUGGAAUGCACUACUUUUGUUUUUGCUUACAAAAUUUGUAUGUAUAAAAUGGACACAAAGUAACACAAGCUGUUUACAUUGACAACCAACAUCUCCAGCAUACCCUUAAGAACAUGGUGAGAGAUGAAGCUAGAUUUUGCCAGUUACGUUGUUUUUUUAGUUUUGAAAACCCGAAAUCUUUUGUGCUCCCACACUGCCAGCUCUCUUUAGACACCAGCGUUCACUGGGACUCUCCCUUGGCCUCCUGAACCAAGGAGACAUGCAGUACCUCACUUCCCUGUGCCUGGCCAACCUUUUUCAGUGUUCACGUCACAUCGCCUCCCCACCCAUCACCACUUUCCCUUAUGUCCUUUCUUGCUUGGUUACUAACAUCAAUGGACAGAAGAGGAGAAAACAAUCCUCAGCCCUUCUGUAACUCUGGGCUAUCAUAUAAUGUGUUUACAGCAACACAUGCUGGAUUCUUCUUAGUGUAUCCUCUUUUAGGGGGUGUUUCAGUAUCUGGUGGUAGUAACUUGAGGUAAAUCUAUGAAAUUACUUUCAUCAUCCUGCAGUGUUUAAAGGACUGGAGCUAUAAGGAUGCAAAGACAAUUGCUGUUGCAGAUGUGUGGAAAAGUGUGUAGCCUGCGCUGAAAUGUAUUGCAAAAUUGUGGUGUUUGAAAGGCUGAUGGAGAGCAUGGUUCAGGGAGCUCAGAAAAAAGGCCAAAUUACAUUCAGGUGAAAUGAUUACAGGAGAACUCUUUAACACAUGGGUUAUAGAACUUGUACAGAAAAUGAUUAA